AUGGCCGAACCUCAACCCACAAACUCCCUGCUUGAUCAGGGCGAGGCUAUACCUAUUGCGCAGUUGAAUCCAGAAUCCUCCGGACAAGAGAACCGAGUUAUAUACGGAACGAUAACCAUCACAUGGCCUUUCAGUAUCUUGACCAAGUCUAUCGCAUUCCUCUUGGCCGAGCGUGACUUCCGCCUUCGACGCGAAAAUGGCCAAGUACGCGUACGGUUCCACGGCGCGGCCGCUAAGGCGAUAUCAGAAGCAUCGUUGGGUGCAGGAGACGACAUUCGUGUGAGCCUGGAAGGUGGUCAUUGGGAGAAGAACGAGACGCAGACACAGAUCGCAGGAAGCACUAUAGCAUGGCAACUCGAAUUCACGAAUCGCUUGGUGAUUGGUAUCCGUCGACCUGAUACGGAAAAAGAGACUUUGCUCGAUAUCGAUGCCCCAGCUGCAGAACCCGAAACUGCUGUCAACGACCAGGCACAGAACAUCGACCCUGUCGAUACCAUACCCGAGGAACCGGCCACACCAGGUCCGCCAACCCCAGAGCUCACCUUACCUGUAAAACGAAACGCUACAUCGACCCUCGAACCGUUCGAAUAUGCCUCUCCCGCCUUUCUCAAGCGAGCGCGUGUAUCCUAUGGGUCACUGUUUGAGGGAGGCUUGGAUAUGUUUGACGACGACGUGAGCAAGAAAACCAAGUCGAAGAAGCGCUCGCGAUUUAGUCUACCUGGUAACGCUUGGCGAUAUGCCAGUCGAUCUCCCAGUCCUGAGCCCGACGAUGUUCCCGAGGAGCAAGACGAAGAGGAACCCGAGGCGAAUGGCGAUAUUGAGAACCCUAUUAUGGAUACACCAUCCCGACCGGCAAUGGUUGACCAAGGCUCACAGACAGCAGAUGUGGAUUUUACGCCUAUGGCAAGUGUCCAGGUGUUGGCUGAGGCAAGGCCAGGCUUUGGCUUUGCACAGAUGACACCAACACCUUUUGCUCGAACGAGGCCAUUCGAGUCAGAUAACCCGACCAUGAAUCAGUCUAUGCAUUUCGAAGGCGGUUCUACAACACCACACGGCAUACCUCUCGAGUCGCAUCAAAGCCUGUUGGACCAACAACCAAAUCACAUGGAUACAGACAUGGCUUUCAGUUUCACGCCUCAGACUGUACUUUUCCCUCAAGAACCAGGACUGUUCCCUGCACAAAACGAUAUCCCCAACUCACCCAGCCGUACUACAGGAGCAGAAGAUUACCCGGCCGCGCUUCUGGAGGGUGACCCAGAUCUUUCUAAUCCCGUGGAUACGCUUAUGGGGUUCACCGCUCAUGGAUCGCAAUCCGUCGCAGGUCAACACAAUCCUUUUGCCACAGAAUCAGCUCUUGACCCGGCUUUCGCGACUGCUGCUCAGCCGAUCCAAAACCCAUGGGCUACUGAGAUGCUACCCGGAUCACGUUCCGCAAACGCUAGCAGCGACGCUGAGAAUCCGGUAGAAAUUCUAAGCUCGUCUCCAUCAAGAGAGUCAAGUGCAGAUCGCGAGAUAUCACCUUCGAGAGAAAACACGGAUAUGGACGUAACAGCCAAUGCAUCGCCAAAACCGACGCUCGAGGAUCCGGCAAGUGAGGUUGAGCGUUAUCGUGACGGUGGUGACGAACCUGGGGAUGAUUACGAUCUCAGAAAAUACUCCCGCACGCACGACGAUGACGAUGACGUAGAUACAUCUGAAGAAGACCCGGAUCUGAAUAAUGGCGAUCCCGAGACACAAAUUCUGGACCCUGACGAAGAUGAUGAAGAUGUCGAUGAAGACGUUGUAAAUGAAGAGGGCUACCUUGACCAAGCCUCUGAUGAGUAUGGGGAAGAGACGUAUGAACGAUUCGGUGGCGAUGAGGAAGACUACGAGGGUUCCGAAGAUGAUGCGGAAGGUGACUACUACUCAGAGGAAGAUGACUACACUGAUGAUGAUGAAGAAGAUGACGAAGGGGGUUCACAAGCGCGCCCUCCUGCUGUGCCUGCCACUCGAGAGCCUGUUUUCAUCGAUUUGCUAUCAGACUCUGAAGAUGAGAACGAACAGCCACCCAAGGUUGAACCAGAAGCCGUGAAACAUGAAGACGAGCAGCAGCAGGAGGAGGAGGAGGAGGAAGAACAUGAGUCUGAAGCUUCCGAAGAAGGUGAAUCAGAACAAGGAGUUGAGGCAGCAGCGGACCCAAAGAAUGUAGAAAAGGAGAAGCCACUGGCAGCAUCUGGAGGAAAGGCAGACGAUGAGACGGCCGAACCUCAGCCUUCACACAAAGUUACGAAAGACGACGGCCCACCCCGAAACGAGCGAUCUGUUGAGAAGGAACAGCAAUCUAUUGAUGUACCUGCCAAGGAAGAAUCCUUGACGACGGGUGGCCAGCCCCAACAAGCACAGAAAGCCGAAGAGAAAUCAACGCUGGUAGACGCAGCAUCAGAGGACAUCGAGAUGGACACACCUGCUCCGAAGGAAUCAUCUCAAGAACCUGAGGAUGAAUAUAUCACUCUCGAAGAAUCCAAGAAAAUGGACUCACUUAGUGAGACAGCGCUUGCUGUUAAGGAAACUACCAAAGCUAUGGAUGUUGAUGCGGCGCCUGAUGUACCCCUGCAAGAAACUGCUGAACCAAAGGAAACUGAGAAACUCGUGCUCGCUGAGAACGCUGUUGCUGUCAGCCAGGAGGCGCAAACUACGAUGAAUGAUAUUCAAGAAGAGAACUCAGCAAGUAUUCAAGUCACGGUGACCCAGGAAGAAUCGCUCACACAACUACACACGAUCUCGGAAGACAGUGCGAAGCCAUCAAAGAUAGCUUCAGUCGGGGCCUCGUCCUUGGAGGGUGCUACCGCAAAUUUAGAUAAGGAAGCAGUGAGUGAGAUUCAGGAAUCAUCCGAAUCUCAUGAUGCUGUCAUGCAGGACGUCUCGUCUGGCGAUGCCCUGAAACAACCCAUCGGCGAGGUUGUGGAAGAAGACGCCGAGCAACAGUCUACAAAGGAUGGACAGCUCUCGCCGCCACCUACCCAAAUUACCCAAGAACGGACCGUACAAGAUAGCAUUCACGUUUCAGUUCAUGAGCACGAUCAGCAUCUUCCUACUCCUGGCGAGACACAGCAAGGGAUCGAACCGGAGGUGCUUGACACACAACAAACUGUCACGGACGAAAAUCACAGCGACGAAGAGGAUGCAGAUCCAGAAGAUCAAAUAAUGUCUGAGAUACUGCAGCAUUCUCCGGUUCGACCGGAUACGCACCUAGAGAUAGACCCUACCACGUUCUCUCCUACGGCUUCAAAAAGCAAGUCGCCUACCCAGACGGAGCAGCCCAAAGGAGCGCAAGGGAAGUCAGCUUCACAGUCUGAUCCAGCGUCUGAGGUUGUUGCUUCCAAACUUUUACGGUCUCGGCGCCAUAAGCACAACGGAGAACCUGAUGACGAUGAUCAAGACGACCCCAGCAUGGCAUUGAUAACAGCUACGCCUGCUGCAGGACCUGUGGAUAGUGGCAGCAAGCAUAGUAGUCCGGCCUCGACCAGGCCAAGCAGCAGAACUCGCAGCAGAACUCAUCGCGAUGAUCCCAGUAUUCAGCUAGCAGGUGGCUCAGGGCAGGCAGAGACAAAAAAUAAGCGGAAGAGAAAGGCAACGGAUGAUGAAAGUGUCACAAGUGUGGACCGCGAUGACCCCAGCAUUCAAUUAGCAGGCGCUUCAGUGCAGGCAGAGAUAAAAAAUAAGCGGAAGAAAAAGGCAACAGAUGAUGAAAGCAUCGCUAGUGUGGACAACAGUCCACCUGGAUCUCAGCGAGUGCUGCGAUCUAGACAUGACCAUGGCGAUCCCAGCAUAUUGCUUGCGAAAGGAUCAAGCCCCUCAACUCGGCAAACAAGGAGCCACAGAACACCAGACCCGAAGCACGAGACACCUAGGCGCGAGACUCGUUCAGUGUCACGAAGUUUCCAACUACAAGAAGAUUCCCCUGAUGCAUCGUUCGCCUCACUAAAGUCUCCGUCGAUUGCCGGGUCUUUUGCUACCGUACCUGAGGAUGUUGAAGAGGACGUCAAGACUCUCAAACUACGGCUAGUUAAAACGUUGAGGGUAGACCUGCCUGACUUUCUGUCGCUUAAGAGCCUCAGAGGUAAUAUCAACAAGAUGACGGAUGUUCUCGCAGUGGUGACACAAACACCGCCGCAACCGCACCGACCGAAACAUGGUCCUCGGGACUUUAUGCUCACCUUGAGCCUGACUGAUCCUUCGACGGCACCGACCCAAGUCCGUGUGGCCCAUAUAUUCCGGCCCCACUUGACAUCGCUGCCGGAAGUUGAAAGUGGAGAUGUCAUCCUCCUCCGACGGUUCAAGGUGGUGUCGAUGAAAGGCCGCGACUUCGGCAUCCGGUCAGAAGAUUCAUCGUCAUGGGCCGUGUCCAAGCCGAAUGAUGGACAAAUUCUCAGCCAAGUCAAGGGUCCACCUAUCGAAAUUACCCCAGAAGAGAUCGAAUAUGCCAAGGGUUUGCGGCACUGGUGGAGCCUCCAGGAUGACAGCGCUAUGAACAAGAUCGAGACGGCGUCACGGAAGGUGACCGAGGCGGGUAAAGAAAACGCCAAAUGA